ACGGGAAUUGAAGACUCUGCUUAAAUUGGCGAGGAGAAGGUCGAGGACAAUGAGGAGAAGCAAAACGUUGAAAGAUCUUGCAACAAGAUCAAUCAUAACGAAGUUGUGCACGCAUCUUAAAGGCGGUGGUCAUAAUUUGGCAAAAUUACCUGCAUGCUUGCGUGAGUCGUUGUUGCUUGAGUUGGUCAAACGCAGGUCGAACAAACAAUAUGGAGAAGAGCAGAAACGUAACCUGCCACUGACAAUGAGAAAGGCCGUUAGCCUUUUGAUCAGCUCCGAAACGAAAAAAUUCGAGUUUGGAGGCUUACUUUCCUACACCAAAAGGAAUAAUGUCCUCCGAAACACAUUUAAGAUCCUACAAAUUUUGACAAGAGCUCCCAACCUUGAGCACCUGAUUAUCAACGUCAAGGAAAAGUUCGAAAAUCAUCACUAUCCGCUUUUGGAGGAGAGGUCGAUUCAAGCUAUUUCAAGGAUGGAGAAUCUCAAAAUUUUGAAGAUUAUCGAGUUCGCUGUCAAAUAUGAUGAUAUGAAAUCCAUUUGCAAAGUUCUAAAAAAAUUGCAAUACGUGGAAUUCUUUCACAUUGACUUUUCUGACACGAGACUGGAGGAUCUGGGCGCGGACAUCGAAGACUUUAAGUCGAGCUUUUCUCGACUUACGGUAAUUUUGUUUGAAUCAGCACGAGUAAUGCUGUGCCCGUUCGAAAGGAAGUUGAAACGUCUGUGCCUGCAAAACCUGCCCAAUCUCAAGAUCAUCUACAAAUGUCAAGAUUACACAAAUUUCGAUAGUCCGCUCGAAGAAUCGUUGAUUCCAGUUGAACCUUGCGUUUUGCGUCACCUGUGCAUUUCUCCCAGCACCUCUGAUCUGCCAUCGGUAUUCCCUGAAGUGACAAAUUUACACGUACGUUUUCCGAGGAAUGAGAUAACAGACGAAGACAAGCUCAAAUCAAUUCUACGCUUCUCAAGCAUUGAAUGUUUGCUUUUGAACUUUCCGCCGACUUUUUCAAUCUUUGAAAGAGUUAUCGGCGCUUACGGAGCAAAUUUGCACACUCUGAUUAUCAUCGCAGUGGAGAUUACUGACGGGGAAUCUCCGUCAUUCAGUAGAAUUUUCGCUUCCUGCCCAAAACUCCAAAAGUUGGUUUUAAGUGGCGUUGACAUAUCUGACUACAAGAAGCCAAUAGACACCUUUGCGCCGCUAAGAGAAUUCGAGUGGACACCUUAUGAUACUGGACUCCAGACAUUUGAAGUGACCAACAUUCUCUCAGCUCUGCCAAACCUGGAGAAAAUCACCCUCUCAGACUUAGAAUCCCUGGAAGUCGACGAUCUUAAGAAGCUGGCAUCGAACAUUAAAGAAAAUAAAAUUUUAGGCAAGCUCACUGAAAUUAAAUUAAUAUUCCCGGUUUGUGGCCAUUUUGAAAGUGAUGAUGAUCGCGUAUUGCUUCGGGCUGUCAGAGACAUAAUCGCAAACGCUGUGGCAUAUCUCCCCGCUUUGGUUGACAUUGAAUUAUAUUUAGGUUAUCGUUUGAAUAGCUUAUAUCAGGACCAAAUUCGGAAAAUUGGUGAAAAGUUUCAGGAGUUGAUCGGAGAUGACAGUAUCGUCAAGUUCAUUCGUACAAUUGAAAAUAGAAAAAUUGGCUGAACAUCUGUUAGCUCUUUGUUUUGCUGGUUUUGUUAAGAAAUUCUGGAUUUCUUAAAAUUCG